CUACCCAACAUGUUUGGCAGUCUGAGCUCCACCAUCAUGUCUCUGAUGAUUGGCUCCUACGCCUCCUCUGCCGUCACCUUCCCUGGAGUAAAGGUAAACAUGAUGAUGUCAUCAGAGAUGGACGCACAUUUGUUACCGUUGCCUCGUAUCACUCAUACAAAUAGAAUACAUGUUCAGCCUUCAUAUGUUAUGUGAAGAAGUCGUUGAAGUGUCCACAGUAAGCCUAAAAUAUUUAUACUUUUCUCUACUAAUAACACCCCAUGUUCUCUCCCUCCCUCUCUAAGCUGAUCUAUGAUGCAGGCGUGUCGUUCCGGGUGAUCAUGUGGGUGUGGUCGGGUCUAGCAGGCUUCGUCUUCCUCAACUGUUUCUUCAACUGGCCAGUGGAGGCCUUCCCCACUCCUGACGAGGUCAACUACAGGUCAGUACAACACUAAAACAACAUUACUACAACGUCAGAGCACUGAGUAAAAAGGAAUGGCUAUUAUAAUAUUAUUAUUCUAACACUUCCACAAUGCUAGAACAAUACAGAUAUGCGAAAACAUGAUCAGGUUACCAUACUGAAAUGCAACAUAAGGAUAAGCAAAGGAAAUAAACAACUUUCUUUAUUUUCCUCCUCAGUAAGAAAGUUAGAAGUUAGCGUCGAAGUGAUGGUCUGGAAGACCAUAGGGCGUGGGGGAUGAGAAGAAGGAAGUGGGAGAGAGUUUGAAUCGAAGAAUGGAGACCCAAAAGGGAGGACCAUGAAAAAACUCCACUGAGAGAAAACUCCAGCCGUAACACAAAGUGAGUCCAGAAACAAACACCUGAAAACAGAGAACGCGUGCUCCUGUUGCUAACAAACAUAUCCCCAUAUUUAUUAAACUGUCUGCCCAUUCUCUCAAAAGAACCAUCCCCAUAUUGUUUAACUGUCCUGCACCAUCUCCCUCUCACUGACAACCAUCCCAUAUUAACGUUGCCCAUCCUCGCUUAUCAGGACACACAACGCCCCAGGGAGGAAAGGGGGAGGCACAGAGCGCGAGCGCCGCGAGGCGAGAGAGCGAGCGAGAGUUAGAGGGAGAGAGAAGGCGAGAGCGAAGAGAGAGAGAGCGCGAGCGCGCUCGCGAGCGCUAGCGCUAGGCGGAGCGGGUCGCGCGGUCUCGCUCAUUCUCGCAGACACCCAUCCCAGAGUAAACGGCGGCCCAUCUCUCAGCUGCAGUCAGGAGGACCACCACAGCCCAGAGGAACUGUAGGGGCCCAGCGCGGCGCUCUCCAGAAACUACCCAGCCACAGAGAACUGUGAUGCCCAGCUGUCGGCGCUUAGCGCAUCUCGCUCAGACACAGCCCAGAGUUGAAAUGUCGGACCCAAGAGCUCGUCUCGCCAGAACCACCAAGCCAAGUAGAAAGGUCGGACCAGCGCUAGCGAGAUCGGAUCUCGGAUAAGGACACAUCCAAGAGGAAAUGUGGCCAUAGAUCUAGAGAGAUGAGAGCGAGCGAGAGAGGCGAGAAGAGAGAGAAAGCGAGAGCGAAGACUUAAGACAACAAUCCAUAUUAACUGUCUGCACAACGCUCUUUCUCGAUCUCGCUCCUCUCCUUCUCUCUAUCUACUAUAUCUCUCUCAGACACCACCCAUAGUAACUGACGUCUGUCUGCCCAUCUUCUAUCUCUCUCUCUCUAUAGAGCUAGAGUCGAGAUUCUACUAGCCUAUCGAGAGCAGGAUCUGAUUAUCUCUCUCUCUCUUCUCUCUCUCUCUCUCUCUCAGAAACAUCCCAUUAUUAUAACUGUAUGCGUCGAUGCCAAUGCGCUCUAUUUUCUAUAUAUGGAUAUCUCUCUCAGAUAUGAUCUCUCGCGAGCGACCUGUCUCGAUAUCGCGUCUAUAUGAGAUCUAGAGAUACUGUAGUAUCUAUAUAUUCUCUAGCGAGCAUCGCUCUCUUUUCAGGCUCAGCUCUCUCUCUCUAUCUCAGAACAUACUAUUAAAUGUGACAGGGAGGAGGAUGAAAGAGAGGAGAGGAGCGCGAGAGAGGAAAGCGGAUCUCUUCUCUCUCUCUCUCUCUCUCAGGACACCACCCCCAUUUACAAUGUCUCUCGCAUCCGGACAAGGAGGAGCGCAGCGAGAGCGAGCUCGCUUUUCCUCUCUCUCGUAUCGGCCUCUCGCGAGCAGAGGAACGGGCUACGCGGCCCAAUUGUUCGCGCCGCGCCGUCGCUGCGCGCGCGGCGCGCCGCAGACCCACAAGUGCCCAGAUGGAGAGGCAAGGGGCGUGAGAGGGGGGGGCCCAGCGAGCGCUGCGCGCGAGAGCGCGAGGGGCGCAGGACACAGAACAGGAUUAAAACUGUCUGUCCCUCUUGUCUUCUUGCCCAUCUCUCCUCUCUCUCUCUCUCUCUCUACCUCUUCUCUCUCUCUCUCAGACCAACCAUCCAAUUAACGCGUUAUCUGCCACAUCUCUCUCUUCUAUCUUCUCUCUGCUCAGACACCAUCCCAUAUUAACUGUCUUUACGGCCCAGCUCGCAGAUCGGCGCGAGCAGACACAAGCCCAUAGGAACGGGCAGAGCUCGAGGGGGGGCGAAGAGAGGCCAGAGCGAGGAGGAGCAGCGCAGAGAGCGAGUAGCGCGAGCCGCAGCGCGCCGCAGACGAAAGACCGACACCAUCCAUAUUUAAAUGGCUCUUGAUCGGCCCCAGCUCUCUCGCCUCGCGCUCUCUGCAGGACACCAUACCAGAUUAACUGUACCUCUGGCCCAGCGAGAGGAGUCUCGCGCUCUCGCGCAGAAACACAGUCCCAGAGGUGGAACGGUGUCGACUCUUGAUGGUUGGAGGCGUGUCGGCCGAAGGGCAGCGAGCGCGCGCGUCAGCGCGCUCGGAACAAACAUUCCAUAGUAAUUAAAGGUAUUGAACAGUCGGAGAGAGAGAGAAGAGAGAUCUAGAACAUCCCAAUUUUAACUGUUGCUGACCCAUCCGCUCUUCGCGCUCUCGCUCAGACACCCAUACCAUAUGCAUGUGAGUAACUGUUCAUGCCCCAUUUCGCUCUCGCUCUCUCUCCGACACCCAUCCAGAUAACUGUCUGCCCAUCUCUCUCUCUCUGCCUCUCUAUCUCUCUCUCCUUCUUCUCUCUCAGACACCAUCCAUCCCAAUUAACUGUCUGCCAUCCUCUCGCUCUCUAUGCUCUCUAUCUCUCUCUCUCCUCUCUCUAUCUCUCUCCAACAUAACUCGACUCAUAACAAGCUCAUUCAUCUCAUCCCCAUAUUAACUGUCUCUCCAUCUCUCUCUUCUCUCUCUCGCCUCUCCCUCCUUCUCUCAUCUCUCUCUCUCUCUCUCUCUCUCCCUCUCUCUCUCUCUCCUCUCUCUCUAUCUCUCUCUCUCUCUCUCUCUCUCUCUCUCAGACACCAUCCCAUAUUAACUGUUGGCCCAGUCUCUCUCUCUCUCUCUCUCGGUCUCUAUCUCUCUCCUCGCUCUCAGACACCACACCAUAUUAAUGUCUGCCCAUCCUCUCACCUAUCUCUCUCUUCUCUCUCUCUCUCUCUCUCUCUCAUAUUAACUGUCUGCCCCACAUUCUCUCUCUCUCUCUCUCUCUCUCUCUCAGACACCAUCCCUAUUAAUUGUCUGCCCAUCUCUCUCUCUCUCUCUCUUCUCUUUCUCAGACACCAUCCCAUUAUUAACUGUCUGCCACUAUCUCUCUCUCUCUCUCUCUCUCUCUCUCUCUCUCUCUCUCUCAGACACCAUCCCAUAUUAACUGUCUGCCCAUCUCUCUCUCUCUCUCUCUCUCUCAGACACCAUCCCAUAUUAACUGUCUGGCCCCAUCUCUCUCUCUCUCUCUCUCAGACACCAUCCAUAUUAACUGGUCUGCCCAUCUCUCUCUCUCUCUCUCUCUCUCUCUCUCUCUCUCUCUCUCUCUCAGACACCAUCCCAUAUUAACUGUCUGCCCAUCUCUCUCGCUUCUCUCUCUCUCAGGACACCAUCCCAUAUUAACUGUCUGCCCAUCUCUCUCUCUCUCUCUCUCUCAGGCACACCAUCCCAUAUUAACUGUCUGCCCAUCUCUCUCUCUCUCUCUCUCUCUCUCUCUGACACCAUCCCAUAUUAACUGUCUGCCCAUCUCUCUCGCUCUCUCUCUCUCUCAGACACCAUCCCAUAUUAACUGUCUGCCCAUCUCUCUCGCUCUCUCUCUCAGACACCAUCCCAUAUUAACUGUCUGCCCAUCUCUCUCGCUCUCUCUCUCAGACACCAUCCCAUAUUAACUGUCUGCCCAUCUCUCUCUCUCUCUCUCUCAGACACCAUCCCGCUCCGUAGGUCGGUGUUCUCGCCCAUCUUCCUGUGGAGUCUGGUUACCAUGGGGAUGACCCAGCUCAGGAUCAUUUUCUAUAUGGGUGCCAUGAACAAGAUGCUGGAGUUCCUCGUCACCCACGGCAACCCUCACUGUGAGUAACUAACAAACCACACCAACUGACAAACCAGACCAAGACAGUCAACUGACCAACCAGACCAUGACAGUCAACUGACAAACCAAACUAACUGAUAGUCAACUGACAAACCAGACCAUGACAGUCAACUGACAAACCAAAUCAACUGACAGUCAACUGACAAACCAAAUCAACAGACAGUCAACUGACAAACUAAAUCAACUGACAGUCAACUGACAAACCAGACCAUGACAGUCAGCUGACACACCAAAUCAACUGACAGUCAACUGACAAACCAGACCAUGACAGUCAGCUGACAAACCAAAUCAACUGGCAGUCAACUGACAAACCAGACCAUGACAGUCAACUGACAAACCAAAUCAACUGACAGUCAACUGACAAACCAGACCAUGACAGUCAGCUGACACACCAAAUCAACUGACAGUCAACUGACAAACCAGACCAUGACAGUCAACUGACAAACCAAAUCAACUGACAGUCAACUGACAAACCAACACACUAUCAUGAUUGGCCCCUAUUCCCUCCAUGUAAAUGUGUUCUAAUCAAGUUGACCUGUCCUUUCUUUCCUUAGCUUCUGAGUUGAUUGUCGAGGCAGAGAAGAAAGGUGAGAAAUGUCUCCUGGUGAAAGUGUGUGUCCUUGUCGUGUGUGUAUGAGUGUGUGAUGAUCGUCCCAUGUCCUCCAUCACUUGAUCUAAAGAUAUUAUGAAUAACCAGACACUGACAAUGAUUUACUGUGUAUGAGAAUCACUAUUUAUUGUAAUAAUGUGAGAGUUAGAGUUUGGAGCCGAAACAUACUGUUGUGCGUCUCCCGGUAAAAUUGUUCUCUUUCUUUCUUUCUUGUCAUGUAUGUACCGAUCAGAAGUUCAUAAUGUGAUCAUGUUUAGCAAGUGAAACGUUAAGGUGAAUCUUUAGAAAUGUAAAUGGUUACCUUGUUUUCCUCUGUGAUUAAAGAGGGUUCUGUUCAUUUCAUGUUCAGAGAAUUGAUGGGCAAUUGGGGUGCGUUCGAGUGCAUGGUGUUCUUAAGGUUAUUCACGUUAUCAUCCGAGGAUGUGUAUAUCGAAAUUCAAGUAUCCUGAUGUGAAAUUGGUUCUCAUUGGCUGUUGCAUUUUGAGCAUUUGUAUUUAAGCACCUGCCACUUGUUUGUCGGACAGGGAACAUGUUGGCAUGCUGCUGGGUUAUGUUUAAAGAGCGCGAUUUGAUCCAGUAUUUUUUUCUUGUUAAUACCUGUACGCCAGCUAUUAUUAUCUUCACUUGCAAAUAAAAAGCCUCACUCUGGGCAAGAACAAUCAGUUCUGACUUGUUCCCUCCUCACUGUAAAAUCCUACCGCUAGGUCUUUCUCACAGUGUCUAAAUGUGUGUCUCUCUCCAGUGAGUUUCUACUCGUCCAUCUUCGGCACCCUGCAGCUGCUCUGCCUGGUCACCUGUCCUCUGAUUGGCUACAUCAUGGACUGGAGGAUGAAGGAGUGUGUGGAUGAGACCAGAAAAGACACAGAGACAGAGAAGAGGUGUGAGAAAGAGAGAGAGGGGGGCGGGGUGAGCUGAAUGGAAGUAAGAGGUGAGGUGGAUGUCUUAUCUCAUUGUCCCUGUCCAAACCCACACAGACCAGCAGACGGGCCAACUAGAGACAAAAAGAUCCAGAAAAUCACUAAUGCCAUGAGAGCCUUCAUAUUCACCAAUCUGCUUCUGCUGUUGUUCGGAGUGUGCUGUCUGAUAGACAACCUGCCGCUCCAGGUACACACACACACAUUUUCGCUCGUUCGUUCGUUAACAAACACACACAAAUGCACAUACACCCUCCCCACAUCCAAAUGUCAACACACUCCUUCCCUCUCUCUGUAGAUCCUGACCUUCAUCCUCCACACCGUGGUCAGAGGGUUCAUCCACUCCUGCUGUGGCGGCCUGUAUGCUGCUGUGUAAGUACUCAACUUCCUCAUCUUUACAUACAGAAAUUGACUUGAGAAAUAAUUGCCCAUUCUCUCACAGGUACCCCUCUAACCAAUUUGGAACUCUGAUUGGGCUGCAGUCGAUGAUCAGUGCUGUGAUCGCCCUGCUGCAGCAGCCCCUCUUCGUCGUCAUGGUGGGAUCCCUGCACGGAGACCCCUACUGGGUGAGACACACACACACGCUCAGUUUUCCAGUGCAGUUACCCAUACUGUACAAGACUUUGUAACCCCUGACUUGUUGUCUAAAUUCCCAUAUCUUUGUCCCCGCAUCAGAUCAACCUGGGCAUGGUCCUCUUCUCAUUGGCUGGCUUUUUGUUGCCUGUAUACCUGUUCUACCAUCGCAGACACCUGAUCCAGGAGAAGGAGGCUCAGGACAAGAAUGCCACUGGCCAGGAGAGAGAGGCUCUCAACCACUCAGAGACCAACGGCCUCAAACACCGUAGCAAUGGUCACAGCAUCCAGGAAGCAUAG